AUGUACCGGCAGUAUGAACUGAUUCGCGUCGCGGAUGCUGCAAUUGACAUUUAUAGUAUGAUAGCCACUCUUUCAAGGUGCACGAAUUCUUGUAAGAAAAAUGUGGCGAGUGCUGCUUAUGAGAAGGAAAUUGCCGUUUACUUUUGCGAUAUUGCUUCACGCCGCUCCCUUAACAAUCUCAGAGAAGCGGGUGGAAGUCACGAAAGUGAGAUAAGACUUAUUUCCUCUAUCGCAUCAACUGUAUGCAGAAAUGGCGGAAUGCCGCAGCAGCAUCCCACUGACAUCUAA